GAAUUGGCAAUAGUCAAACUUUAGUUCGUUCUAGACUACCAGACUAAAACAGCCCUUGUCCGUUGAUUGUUUACAAAAUUCCAAAUUGUAUUGAUCUUUUAAUUCGUUCGAAAUGGCCAUGGGUCUUCGAUAUUUUGUCCACCGAUCGCUGAUCAACAAACUGCCAUAUAAGUGUUUAGUUUCGACAGCGCGCAACAUGAGCAAACAAACUGACAAAUGCAAGAAUAAUGCUGAAAAGAAGCCAAAGUGCAGCGAGCCAUUCAAAUUUGUGCCCGAAUAUUUCAAGACACCCAAGAAAUGUAAAACGGAUGAGGAGUUGACCGACGAGCGAUCCCUAGGCGUCUAUCUGCGCUGCAAGCCGCCCUACAAUCCCAUAGUCGAAUGCAUGCCCUCCUGCUUCGGCGUCUCACGCUUCGAUCGUGCGCUCUACAGGCCCAGCAAGAGUCUCGAUCGCAAGUACCAGCAGUGCUGGGUGGAGUGCGUCCAAGAGAAGCUGCCCAAGCGCAGCUGCCCCAUAGUCAAGCCGCCCAUAGUCAAGCGCAAGCCCAAGAAGAGCUGCGCCAAGAAGCCGCGGCCUAUAUGCAAGACAAUCCGCCCCAUGAAGUGCACGCCGCUCAAGGAGGUGACCAUGGGCAAGGAGAUCCACUGCAUCAAGUUUCCACUGUGCGAAUGCAAAGCUGUGGGCGCCAACACUCGCUGCCGCAUUAGACCCAAAACAGCGCCCACUUGCAAGCGCCCCAUGACGCGCUAUCCAAGUUUCUCGGAGUGCCGCAAGGAUUCGCUCCCCAAGCCACCGAUCACCGAGUGCGUUUGCCUCAAGACGGUGCCGCUCUGCGAAUUGUGGCGCAUGUUUAGAGCGCGAAAUCGCCAUUAGUCCCAAUGCUCCAAAAUUUAUUUUGUUCUUAACCUGAUUAAAGCAAUGAAAGCUUAACUAUAACUAUUUUUGUAUUCAAUUGCAGCAAUCCAAUCAUUGAAUGCAAACAAUAAAGUAAAUU